UGAUCGAAGCAGUGAUGCCAGGAAGUGUACCCAAGCUCCCAAAGAUCCAACCGGCGGAUAUCCAGGCCGCCGUAGGAUGGGGUGUCGCCGCCGCAGCCGGCGCCAUCUGGGUCGUCCAACCAUUUGGUUGGAUAAAGAAGACAUUCAUCGAUAAACCUGCAGCUGAAGAGAAGUGAUGGAUCACCAAGAUUCAAGACAAAGUGAGAGUUUUUCCAGUUUCCAAGUUUGUUAAUCGCAUCUUUGCCAUUGGAAUCACUUAAUAAAUUUUGGUUCUUUUCUGCGGCUGGCUUUGUAGUUUCAUGUUUUCAGUGCAGACUUUUUUCCUUCUUCUCAAGUGUUAUAAUACUUGAAAAAACACUCUCCAACUUAUUGAAAAAAAAAAAGAGAGGAUGCCUUAUUAUCGUAUGUUGUUAUAUCAUAUGAAAGUAGACUUAUAGGUCAGGGAUCAUAAGUAGGAGAGUUAUGAUGAUGACUGGGAUUGUUGAGCUUAUGAGCAAACACAAACAGAUUGAGACCAUUUGGGGUACAAUGUGAUGCAGACACAGAUUCUGAUUCUAUGAAACAUCCACUUCAUUCUUUUCGCUAGCUUAUGCGUAUCUCUCAAGAGAAGGAACCUAUUAUAGUUGCG